AUGGGGCAGCUUCUCGAGAAAAAGCUCAUCUAUCUAGUGAAUUUGUUCACGAUUGUUGCUUCCGCAAUCAUUCCAUCUAGCGGACAGCCUUUUGAGGAUGCCGUGUCUCUGAUGGAUUCACCGGUGCUGGAACUCCGCUCGGAGACCUCGUCCUUUGAAUGGGAAAGCAUUACACCAACUCCGCACUUAGUGUAUCACCCAUGUUUCGAAAACUAUCAAUGUGCUCGUCUGGAGCUUCCAAUGGAUUGGAACAGGGCCGACCAAAACGGAUCGAAGAUCGCCUUGGCGGUAAUCCGACUCCCUGCAAAAGUGCCGGUGACCGAUGCGCGAUAUGGCGGUCCGGUGAUAUUGAACCCAGGUGGACCGGGUAAUUCGGGAGUACAGCAAGUCCUUACGGAAGGAAAGCUUAUGCAAGGAAUCGUCGAUCCCGAGUCGACAGAUCUCAGUUCAGUAUACCAUACGGCAGCCGGCAAAUAUUUCGACAUCAUCAGCUUCGAUCCAAGAGGGAUUAACAAUACGACACCUCCAUUCACCUGCUUUCAAAACUCGGCAUCACGAAAAAAGUGGCAAGAUCAGGCAACUGCGGAAGGUAUGCUCGGGAGCUCGGAGAUCGCUUUCGAUUUGUCUUGGAGUCGAAAUGCAGCGUUGAGCAUGAUCUGCUCUCAGGCUUAUGAAGAUGUUGUCUCAAAGGGCGAAGAGUGGCUCGGUCUCCAUAUGAACACGCCCACCGUGGUGGCUGACAUGGUGGGACUGAUCGAGCGCCAUGGAGAGUGGCGGGAGAGAGAAACCGAGACCCUUUUACAGUCCGCUCAGAAAACACCGGAGAACGAAGCAAUCCGACGGCAGAAUCGCUGGAAGCAAGGCGAAGAGAAACUGCUUUACUGGGGUUUAUCCUACGGUACCGUUCUCGGCAUGACGUUCGCAGCAAUGCACCCAGAUCGGAUCCAGCGCGCCGUCAUAGACGGUGUGUGCGAUGGCCAAGACUAUUAUUCCGGAAACUGGCUCAAAAAUAUCCAGGAUGCGGAUGAGGUGUAUAAGAGUUUCUUUGAAUACUGCCACGAAGCGGGGCCGACGAAAUGUGCCCUCGCAGGCGAUAGCGCGGAGGAGAUCAAAGCCCGCAUAGACGAGCUCAUUGAGAGAUUGAAAACCAACCCUGUCCCUGCCCUUGCGUCUGCGAAUCGCCCCCCGGAUAUGAUCACCUAUACCGAUGUCAAGAACAUGAUCACGAACGCGCUCUAUGAGCCCAUGGACGAGUUCGAAACUAUGGCGCAGUUGCUUGCUGAUCUCUUGCGCAACAAUGGUUCGUCGUUUGCGGAUUUCAAGUACCAAGGCGCCGAGGAGACAUGCCCAGGAACGGUGGUACCAGGAGAUAAUAAAUACGAGGCGCAGGCGAGCAUCGUUUGUACUGACGGAGAGAAUAUCGAUGGGAUUACGAAAGACAAGUACCGGCGAUACUGGCAGACUCUUCAAAGACAAAGCAAAACCAUUGGCGACACAUGGGCUAUGGUGCGUCUACCGUGUAUUAAGUGGAAGACGCAACCAGCGUGGCGGUUUGAUGGGCCCAUCGCCGGCAACACGUCGCAUCCACUUCUAUUCGUCGGGAACACAUAUGACCCAGUCACUCCUCUUCGAAAUGCCGUUAGAAUGUCGCGUCAAUUCCCUAGGUCUGUCGUGUUGCAGCAGGAUUCCUUAGGACAUUGUUCCACCAGUGCUCCUUCAUCGUGCUCGUAUGAGAUGAUUCGCCGAUACUUCCAGACUGGCGAUCUUCCUGAGCCCGGCACCAUUUGUGAGGUGGACCAGCGGCCGUUCGGUCUUCCUCCGGUAUAG